CAGCAAGUCAAAGUUUGAGCAGCGAUGUGGAGUUCUCUUGAUUCUAUCGACGGAAUGGGGAAGGCUAGAUUUGGUACGUGGCUUCUGACCAACGACCAUAAAAGCUCGUCUAUCCCGCGCGACUGUAUUGCCUUUGCUCUUUCAAUUCCUCAUCAUCACUCAACGCAUAUUACACCUCCCAAUACCCAGAAACGAUGGCUACUCCAACGACAACGAAGAAGCUUACCUGGUUGAUAACUGGGUGUUCUUCUGGCUUAGGCCUAACCCUCGUACGCAUCGCCCAGGCUGGGGGCCACAAAGUCAUUGCUACUUCUCGGAAUCCUUCAGCAACCCCAGAGCUUGUGAAAGAGGUUGAAUCCAAAGGUGGGAGAUGGCUUCAGCUCGACGUCAAUAAUGCGUCGAGUGGUUCUAUCAUCGACGAGCUGGAGAGGGCUGGAGAGCAGAUUGAUGUGUUGAUCAACAACGCUGGUUUCUCCAUGUUUGCGCCGAUAGAGGCUACUUCUGAAGACGAGAUCCGCGCCCAUAUGGAAACAAUGUACUUCGGUCCAUUGCGCCUCAUUCGCGCUGUACUCCCCUAUCAGCGUCUGCGAAGAUCUGGUGUAAUUGCCAACUUCAGCAGCGGUGCUGCCUUGGAAGCCCAGGCGAGUAUGGGGGCCUAUGCCGGCGCAAAAGGCGGCCUCGACGCUGUGAGCAAAGUUCUCGCCAAAGAGGUUGAGCCUUUUGGGAUUCGCGUGCUCACAAUUCUGCUGGGAACGUUCAACACCGGCAUGCUUGACGUAUGUAUUCUUGGCAAGGCCCCAUUGCCGGAUGAGUAUAAGGAUACUCUCGUCGGUCAGUUCAUUGAUAUUAUGAGGACUGGCAAGCUUGUUCCCAACGGGGAUAAAGAUAAAGCUAUGAAGGCAGUCUACCAACUUGUUGUUGGAGAAGGUUUUGGUGUUGGAAAGGAGAAGGAGAAGUUUAUGCCCCUCGGCCCCGACAUGACGACUCGGAUGACUAUUGUCCAGGAUCAGCUUGCCCAUGCUAAAGAAGUGUUUGGAGAGAUCACCAAUGGUGUCGGCAUCGAAAAAUAGAGCCAAAACAAGGCAAAGGAAACCAGCAAACAGAAGGAGAGUCCUAGAUUGUACAAGGCCCAAUAGGCGUAAAUGGCCCAGGUCAUCUCCUAAUCCGGAGAAAGAGAAAGGCUGGGACGCUUGAGAGCCUUAGAUACCUAUUAGUUAGAUGAAAACUAAACUACAAGCCCUCUACUUCAUAUAGAAGAGCUCUCAUCGCAUAUCAGCCAUUGCUUCAAUC